GGCAUUGUUAUAUCUCGUUGCUUAGUAACAUCAUCCCACAGUAACAAAGCAGUGUUUUGGUUGAAAAAACAUGGAAACUAGUAUGUAAGAAGAAAAUAACUACAGGUGAAGAAAAUUAAAUUCACGAAGAAAAAAUAUAUAACCAGAAGUCUAUGAUGCGUGAUGGUGCCAAAUAUCCUGAGAGCGAAGUGUUGUAUCGUUGGAGAUCCUGCCGUUGGCAAAUCAGCAAUACUUCACACAUUUCUUCAUGAUAGUGAAAAAUUUCAGAAAAAUUAUAUAAUGACCUGUGGAAUAGAAAUCAAAACAAAAAUAAUAAGUAUGCCUGAUACUGAUGAUGCUGUGGAAUUACUAUUUUUUGAUUCAAGUGGAAAAGAUACUUAUAUGGAUUUUCAAGUGCAAAUGUGGCAUCAUCCGUCUUUAGUUUGUGUAGUUUUUGAUUUGACAAAUGAAAAUUCAUUUAACAGCUGUUCUAAGUGGCUGGAUAUUGUCAGAAAUACUGGAAAGUACCUGACUAUUCCUGGUGUGUUGAUUGGAGCCAAAUCGGAUUUAGUUGAAAGAAGGGUGAUCAACGCCCCCAUUGCUCAGGACUAUGCUCGAAAAAACAAUUUACACUAUUUUGAAUGUUCUGCUAAAGAAAAUAAAGGUGUUGAAAAACCUUUCUUUUACCUAGUCAAUGAGUGGCAUAAAAUGUAUCUUGAAAAAACUGAAUAUUUUAAAAGUAUAUCAUAAUUAUAUGUUGUGCAAUAAAACUUGUGAAAAAAUG